AUGACGUCCAACAGUGCAGAGUGUUUCAAUUCGUUAACUAAAGAGUAUCGACUAUUGUGCAUGCUUGAACAUGUUAGAGGAAUGCUCCAAUCAUGGUUCUACGAACGGAGGAAUUACUGGGAAUCUCAAACGACAUUGCACUCUGACUACUGUGAAACCCGAUUGGCAAGCGAGGCCGAUAAGGACAGACGAUAUCGGGUUGAGUCUAUUGAUUGUUAUUGGGGCCACGUGCGAGAUAAUAGAUUGUACGGUAUUGUGAAUCUUCACACAAAGGAAUGCACGUGUAAGGAAUUUGAUUCACUUGGUAUCUCGUGUUCACAUGCAAUUGUUGCUGCCAAGGAACGAAAUAUACCCAUUCAGAGUCUUUGCAGUCGAUUUUAUAAAGUGAACUCUCUAAUGACAGCAUAUGCAGAGCCUAUAAAUCCACUUGGGCACAUAUCUGAAUGGAAGAAACCUCCUGGAUAUGUAGAAAAAACUAUCCUUCCUCCAAAAUUUGUGGCACAAGCCGGGCGAUAG